CUAAAUCCUACCUCUCCCGGUGUAUAGCUUCAGGAGUGUGGACGCCGGAGACUCACCUACUGCUGGGGGAAUACGAGGAGGAGGCACCGGUAAGGGACACCAAUGCUUACUUCAUGACGGGUAAUAACACCGUGAUCAACGUCCAGCUUGGCACCACCGCCGCUCUUCGCUGUCAGGUGUUUGAUGUGGCCGAGCAUGAAACGGUGUCUUGGAUCAGGCGGAAGGACCAUCACCUAAUUACCGUAGGUGACAAAAUCUACUCCAACGACGAGCGCUUCCAGGUGACCCACUCUGACCACACCCAGGACUGGACCCUACACUUGCACUACGCCCAACUGCAUGACGCUGGGGUCUACGAGUGUCAGCUGUCAGCCCACCCACCCAUAGGCGUCUUCACCUCGCUUAAUAUCAUCGCGGCCGUGGCGGAGAUCGUGGGCGGGUCUGAGAUAUAUGUCCAAAGUGGCAGCUCCGUCCAGCUUACCUGCACCCUCAAACACUUCACGGAGCCGCCCACCUACAUCUUCUGGUACCACGCCCACCACAUGGUCAACUACGACGACAACGCCCGGAUAACGGUGGUGAACGGUCCUGAACAGAGUGCGUUAAGGAUCUCACAGGUGACUAAAGGUGACAGCGGUAACUACACCUGCAUGCCCUCCAAUGCCCGCCCUGCUUCUGUCUCUCUUCAUAUUAUUACCGGUGAGACUCCGGCGGCCAUGCAAAAGGCCAGCGCCAACGAGGUGCAGUGCCACCUCAUCAUGGCUCUUCUGUCCUCCCUCGUGGCACUUAUCACCGUUUAGGCACUCCAGGUGAUCCGUGAUAUUCAUCGAGGAUCUGAAUUUCUUAACAGACUAUAAGUAACAUUUCUUCUUGUUAGUAGUGUUGUUUGUAGCUUGUGGUUACCUGCCUGAGACCCUCCUGGGAAAAGAAUUAAUGAACAGUGUGUCUUUCUCCGUGAUACACUAGCGGCAUUAAUAGCGUUACAGCAUAGAUCGAGAGAACACGGAGACCUGAGUAGGAUCAUGUCAUGGGUUAAGCUGACACAGGGGCGACCUCAGCAGUACAGUGGGUGACUAAUGUGUAGCGGUAGCGAUUUCUUCAGUAUCAAGUUGGUGAUGUAAAUAUUGAAAUAAAGAGCGACUGCUAUACUGUAUGUCCAUCUGGGUGAGUUACUUACUGGUGCCGGGGGCGAGUGUUGAUGGUUGGUUCAACAUCAAUGUUGCCUUCUUAUGUUCUCAAACGAAGAGAAAAUAAUUGUUAUGGUGAACGCUUUAGUCGAGCAUCAGGGGACACAAGGUGAUUAUUGGUUAUUCGUUUCGUUUUACUCGUCGUAAUAUUUUCGUCCUUAGAAUUCGCUAAUAUACUGCAGGAAAUUUGUAAAGUCCUCGGGAAAAGGUUCCAUAUUGUAUAUAUAUGUUGCCGGCAAUUUGUAAAAAUGCCUUAGGUAAUGUCCGGUUUCCUAAAAUAUUACAUGUAUGGUGGUAUGGUGUGGUGUGGUGUGGUGUGGUGUGGUUAUGUUAGAUUACGUAAGACUGUGUUAAGUUACGAUAGAUUAAAUCAUUCAACUAUGAUUUGUGGUAAUGCGAUUAAUCUUAACACCAAAACUAACCUAACCUUACCUGCAUUAACCUGACCAAUAUAUCAUAACCUAGCCUAACCUAACCUUACCUGCAUUAACCUGACCAAUCUAUCAUAACCU